AUAGCAUGUAGCAGUUGCAUCUUGACGAUUUACUCUGGAAAUUAUACAACGAGGGGAGAUACAAUCAAUUUAAAAUGUCGAUUAGCGACACGAUGACGAACGUGAUUACGAUGAAUGACGAGUGUCAAGUCACGGAGGAGGAUGAGAUCGCUGCGAUCGAUUACGAGUUACAGCAGAUAGAGAACGAGCUGCAAAAGUUGCAAGAUCGUAAAAAGUUAUUAACGCAGCGGAAGGACAAGUUACGCGACGACGCUCUUUUGAGGAAAAGUUUUUCUCUGUCGAAAAGAAAUUGGAGCACGGAAGAUUUCGCUUGGUCCGCAAAGCUAAGGAAAACGUUAAAGGAGGUGUUCAAGAUAGAGGAGCUACGAGAACUGCAGUUACCGACUAUGAAUGCCAUCAUGUCCAAGGAGGAUGUCAUCCUGAUCAUGCCUACGGGCGGUGGUAAGAGUCUAUGUUAUCAAUUACCAGCUGUGAUGAGCAAAGAUGGUAUAACGGUAGUAGUUUCGCCAUUGAUAUCCUUGAUGGAAGAUCAGUUGCACGGAUUGCGUAAAGUCGACGUAAAGGCUAACAUGCUGUGCGCAAAGAUGGAUAAGGAGAGCGUGAAGACGAUUAUGGGAGCCCUCGUGGACAAGAGCUCUCCUCUGAAAUUGAUUUACGUAACGCCGGAAUACAUGGCAAAGUCCAAUCGCUUUAUGAAUAAACUGCAAAAAGCGUACGAGUUGGGCCGUCUGGAACGGUUUGCGAUCGACGAGGUGCAUUGUUGUAGUCAAUGGGGCCACGACUUUAGACCCGAUUACAAGUUCUUGGGAGUACUGAAAUCCAUGUUCCCUGGAAUACCGAUUUUAGGCCUCACCGCGACAGCUCCGGCGAAAAUCAUCGUGGACGUGCAGAAAAUUCUCGACAUCAGUGGUUGUUUAGUAUUACGAGCUUCGUUCAACCGAUCGAAUUUGUAUUACGAGGUCCGUCGGAAACCAGCGGAGAAGGAGACGUGCCUCGCGAUGAUGGAAAAUCUGCUGAAAACCCGAUUUAACGGCAAGUCGGGUAUUAUUUACACGACUACGAUUAAAGACGCGGAGCAAUUGACGAGCGAUUUGAGAGGCAGAGGUAUCAAAGUUGGAUGUUACCACGCGAUGCUCGAAGCCGACUACCGCUCGGAAGUCUACUCCAAAUGGAUGUCGGGCAAGUAUCAAGCGAUAAUCGCGACUAUCGCUUUCGGCCUGGGCAUCGACAAGCCGGAUGUGCGAUUCGUCAUUCAUCAUUGCCUCUCAAAGUCGAUGGAGAAUUUUUAUCAGGAGAGCGGUCGAGCGGGUAGAGACGGUAAAAAGUCGGUGUGUCUGGUGCUCUAUAGAUUGGCGGAUACAUUUAAAUUGAGUACCAUGGUAUUUCAAGAUAAAGUCGGACUACAAAACUUGUACAAGAUGUUGGCCUAUUGCUUGGAUCGAACGUCCUGUAGACGAAGUUUAAUAGCGACUCAUUUUGAAGAAAAUUGGAAGGUAACCGACUGCGCCGAGAUGUGCGAUCAUUGUAGGAAGCCUAAGGACGAUAGGAAUGCCAAGCGAAUCGACGUAGCGCAGUAUUGCAGACAGUUGUAUCAAAUUAUAACUAAAGCCGUACAAAACGAAACGCGAUUGACCGCGCUGAAAUUGGUGGACGCUUGGUACGGCAAGGGUGCUUCGUCGCUACGAGUAUCCAACGUGCCCGUGCCCACCUUUACGAGAGAAACUGCGGAAGCUAUCGUAGGACAUUUGCUGAUAAACGGUUAUCUGCAAGAGGACUUUCAUUUUUCACCAUAUUCUACAAUAUCGUAUCUCAAACGUGGACCAAAGUCUGGAUUGGCUCUUGGCAACGAUCACGAGAUACUCUUUGACUAUCAGCUUUGUUAAUAUCUUGCAAUUUGAUUACGAGACCAUUUAACGAUUGAUGAAUGACACGAGUCAUUUUUUUUUCUCACGUACGUUUAAGAUACAUAUUGUAGAUAUGUAAAUGUUCUCUCUCUCUCUCUCUCUCUCUUGCUCUCUCCCUCCCUCCCUCUUUCCCUCUCUCCCCCAAGUCUUGAGAAAAAAUUACAUCAUACAUUUACAUUAUAUUUGAAAAGCACCUUAUUGUGAAUGCACUAAACAAACAAAACUGCAAAUCGUAAAAUAAUUAAGAUUUAGUAUAA